AUGGCUCAAGCACUCAGGGGCAUCACAGAUAGCUAUACUCCGGGAAAGCUCAGGACAUAAGUAGUCAGUGCACACAGCAGGGACAGUUCAAAACACGGGUGGUCGGUGCACACAGCAGGGACAGUUCAAAACACGGGUGGUCGCUGCACACAGCAGAGACAGUUCAGGACACGGGUGGUCGGUGCACACAGCAUGGGCAGUUCAAAACAUGGAUUGUCGGUGCGCACAGCAGGGACAGUUCAGGACACGGGUAGUCUGUGCGCACAACAGGGACAGCUCAGGACACGGGUAGUCUGUGCACACAGCAGGGACAGUUCAAAACACGGGUGGUCGGUGCACACAGCAGGGACAGUUCAAAAC